AUGAGAUUGGCAAGUACAACGAACAACAAAACAGGGAGAGUUGAAAUAUUUCAUCCUUCCUUUGGCUGGGGUACCGUCUGUAGUGAUGAGUGGGAUGAUACCGACAGUCGCGUUAUCUGUCGUCAGUUGGGUUUCACUGGAGUGAGCGGGACAAGUAGGGGAGUUUACUAUGGUAGCGGAGCUGGUUCAAUAUUGCUUGACGAUGUGAAGUGCACUGGCAAAGAAUCAUUCAUAUGGGAUUGCAGUCACCGUGGGUGGAAUGUACACAACUGUGGCCACUAUAAAGAUGUCGGUGUUGACUGUAUCG